CAGAGAGAGAGAGAGAUAGAUCUCUCACCGGCAGUAACCAUUUGGGACAGAGAAAAAAAAACAGCUGUUGUGAAUAGAGAAAUAGAAGCGUGGUUUGUGUGUUUGAACGUGAGAGACAAUGGUUGGACCUUCGCGGCCUCAGAUCGUUCUGUUUGGAUCCUCCAUCGUUCAGAUGAGCUUUGGACAUGGAGGUUGGGGUGCCAUUCUCUCCGAGGUCUAUGCUCGUAAGGCUGACAUCGUUCUGCGAGGAUAUUAUGGAUGGAACUCAACUCGUGCUUUGGAAGUUGUGGACCAAGUGUUCCCCAAGGAUGCUGAGGUACAACCUUCACUAGUAGUUGUGUAUUUUGGAGGAAACGACUCAAUGGCUCCUCACCCUUCUGGUCUUGGACCUCACGUCCCACUUCCUCAAUACGUUGAUAACAUGAAGAAUAUCGCUCUUCAUCUUCAGAGUCUUUCAGACUCAACUCGUAUCCUAUUCCUUAGUUGCCCUCCAGUGGAUGAGGCCAAAGUCCGUCAGAACCAAAGCCCAUACUUGAGCCAAGUGAUCCGCACGAACGAGCUCUGCAAGACUUAUUCAGACGCUUGUGUGGAGCUUUGCCAAGAGCUAGGCUUACAAGUAGUUGAUCUCUUCUCUACUCUUCAGAGAGCAGAUGACUGGGAAACCGUUAGCUUCACAGAUGGGAUUCAUUUGUCAGCACAAGGGAGCAAACUAGUGGCUGCAGAGAUACUGAGAGUGGUUAAAGAAGCGGAGUGGACACCGUCUCUUCACUGGAAAUCGAUGCCAACUGAAUUCUCCGAGGACUCACCUUAUGAUCUUGUUUCAGCAGAUGGCAAAAACACGGUGAAUUCUUCAGAGUGGACUUACUUCUGGGAAGAACAAUGGGAUUAAAAACAUUACAACCAUAACAAUAAGAAGACUCUUUACUAUAAUGUAGUGUUGUUUCCUUGGCUGUUUUCAGUUCUAACGUUAUUUGUUUAUCAGUGUUUGUUUUUGUUAUUUGUUUCUCCAAGAAGUACUGAUAGGAAUCAUCAAAGACUCGAAGUUUGUGAUUUUGGGUAUUUUCUUGAAUCUUACUACUAUCUAAUAAUCUCCA